AUGAAUUUUACUUGUUGCAGGGCCGCCAAUGGAUUGUCAAAUAGCGAAUUGAACCGGAUUUUGUUUUUGAUAUCUCACUGGAUGUGCUACGCCAAUAGUGCUGUUAAUCCUAUUAUCUACAACUUUAUGAGUGGCAAAUUUCGAAAGGAAUUCCGCAGGGCAUUCGACACGUGUUUCCAACGGUCGUCGAACGACAGGCACUACUACCAGUCCGGCGGCACUUUCUACAACAAGGACUCGGGAUUCGCAUCCAGAACCCAAUCCAGAAACGAUUGCGAAAUACACAGGCUGAACACUUUCAGGGAUCACGAUACUAAGUUGAUUAGGAAAGGUACCAGGACUAGCGUACUACAAGUGGAUAUUUGA